GCCCCCGCGCGCCGCAGUCCGGGCUGAAGCGUCUCGGCCGUGGCGGUGGCCGUUAGCGUUGCCUCCGGGAGGCUCUGGCGGCGGCGGCGACUCCCAGGGCUCGCGGAGGGCAGCGGGCCGCCCCAAGCCCGUGGCCGCCUGGAGCAGCCCGGCGCUGGGACAGGGGAGGCGAGGCGGCGGCGGCGGAGGCGGAGGGUUGUGCCCGGCCCCCCUCCUCCUCGCCUCCAGUCCCCGGGCGACUGCGGACUCCGGGCAGCCCCCGGGCGGCGGCCGACGCGGCCAAGCGGACGGCGGGGGAUGGCGAGAUAGCGGCGCGGGAGCGGCCCAUUCCUGAGCACCCCCCCGCCCCCGCCGCCAGAACAGCAGUUCACUGAAGGCAGGGACUUUGUGGGGUUCACCAGUAUGUCCUCAACAGAGAAAAUUGCCCAGCUCAUAAUUUGAUGAAUGUGAGUCUUGUGCCAGCAUCCAGUUCAUUAAUGAAAAGAUCAAGAAAAACAGAACUGUGCCAUUUCUGUCGGUUGUUUGACCUCGGGCAUGAUGUGAUGGCUGGCAGUGCCUGGGAGAGCAGGUGGAAUUUUCCCCCAGGGACGGCGUUCAGCUGGGCAGCGUCCCUCAUGGCAUUCCAGAUCUGCUGGUUCAAGGUGACAAGCAGGGCGUCCUCAGAAUAAAACAGCUCUGCAUUUCUUAGCACGUGGAAAGUAGGAAGGACUGACUACUUUGUACGGAUGAUGAUGAACCUUUCCUUACGUUUGAGAAGACCGUCCUGGAUGGUGGAUAGUAAAAGAAUGGGGAUGACUUCAGAUUUACAGUGGCUCUUAUUAACAUGUAUUCUCCUGUACUUAAUGAACCAAGUAAAUAGCCAGAAAAGGGGGGCUCCUCGUGAUUUGAAGUGUAUAACUAACAAUUUGCAAGUGUGGGACUGUUCUUGGAAAGCACCCUCUGGAGCAGGCCAUGGUACUGUUUAUGAAGUUUGCAUCGAAAACAGGUCUCAUUCUUGUUAUCAGUCAGAGAAAACAAAUACUAAAAUCCCUGCUCUUUUACCUGGUGAUCAUGAAAUAACAAUAAACCCUCUGUAUGAUUUUGGAAAUCUUAUAAGUAAAUUCACACUAAAUGAAAAAAAUGUCUCCUUAAUUCCAGACACUCCAGAGAUCUUGAAUUUGUCGGCUGAUUUCUCAACUUCCACAUUACACCUAAAGUGGAAUGACAGAGGCUCUGUUUUUCCAUAUCAUUUAAAUGUCAUCUGGGAAAUUAAAAUUCUACAUAAAGAAAAUAUGGAAAUUGUAAAAUUAGUGACCCACAACACAACUGUGAAUGGUAAAGAUACAGUUCAUCACUGGAGUUGGACCUCAGACAUGCCCUUGGAGUGCGCCACUCAUUCUGUGGGAAUUAGAUGUUAUGUUGAUGAUCCUCAUUUCUCUGGUCACAAAGAGUGGAGUGACUGGAGCCCACUGAAGAACGUUUCUUGGUCACCUGAUUCUCAGACUAAGGUUUUUCCUCAAGACAAAGUGAUACUUGUAGGCUCAGAUAUAACAUUUUGUUGUGUGACUCAAGAAAAAGUGUUAUCAGCGCAGAUUGGCCAAACAAAUUGUCCCCUUAUCCAUCUUGAUGGGGAAAAUGUGGCAAUCAAGAUCCAUAAUAUUUCUGUUUCUGCAAAUAGCGGAACAAAUGUGGUUUUCACAACGGAAGAUAACAUAUUUGGGACAGUUAUUUUCGCAGGAUAUCCACCUGAUAUUCCUCAAAAACUGAACUGUGAGACCUAUGAUUUAAAAGAGAUUGUCUGUACUUGGAGUCCAGGAAGACCAACUGCAUUGGUGGGCCCACGCAAUACAAGUUAUACUUUAUUUGAAAGUUUUUCAGGGAAAUAUGUUAGGUUUAAAAGAGUUGAAGCACCAACAAACGAAAGCUAUCAGUUACUCUUUCAAAUGCGUCCAAAUCAAGAAAUAUAUAAUUUUACUUUGAAUGCUCGCAAUCCUCUGGGUCGAUCAGAAUCAACUAUUUUAGUUAACAUAACUGAAAAAGUCUAUCCUCGAAUUCCUACUUCAAUCAAAGUGAAGGAUAUUAAUUCAACUGCUGUUACACUUUCCUGGCAUUUACCAGGCAACUUUGCAAAGAUUAAACUUUUAUGUCAAAUUGAAAUUAACACAACUAACUCAGUCCAAGAAUUGCGGAAUGUCACAAUCAAAGGAGUAGAAAAUUCAAGUUAUCUUGUAGCUGUGGACAAGUUAAAUCCAUAUACUAUAUAUACUUUUCGGAUUCGCUGUUCUACUGAAACUUUCUGGAAAUGGAGCAAAUGGAGCAAUGAAAAAAAAUAUUUAACCACAGAAGCCAUUCCUUCAAAGGGACCAGAUACGUGGAGAGAGUGGAGUUCUGAUGGAAAAAAUUUAAUAAUCUAUUGGAAGCCUUUACCCAUUAAUGAAGCGAAUGGGAAAAUACUUUCCUAUAAUGUAUCAUGUUCACUCGAUGAGGAGACACAGUCCCUUUCUGAGAUCCCUGAUCCUCAACACAAGGCAGAACUACAACUUGAUAAGAAUGACUACAUCAUCAGUGUGGUGGCAAAAAAUUCUGUUGGCUCAUCGCCACCUUCUAAAAUAGCUAGUAUGGAAAUUCCAAACGAUGAUCUCAAAGUAGAGCAGGCUGUCGGAAUGGGAAAUGGAAUUCUCCUCACUUGGAAUUACGAUCCCAAUAUGACCUGUGACUAUGUUAUUAAAUGGUGUAACUCAUCUCGGUCUGAACCCUGCCUUAUGGACUGGAAAAAAGUCCCUUCAAACAGCACUGAAACUGUAAUAGCAUCUGAUCAGUUUCGACCAGGUGUAAGAUACAGUUUUUUUCUGUAUGGGUGCAGAAAUCAAGGAUAUCAGUUAUUACGUUCUGUAAUUGGAUAUAUAGAAGAACUGGCUCCGAUUGUUGCGCCAGAUUUUACUGUUGAGGAUACAUCCGCAGAUUCCAUAUUAGUAAAAUGGGAAGAUAUUCCUGUGGAAGAGCUCAGAGGCUUUUUAAGAGGAUAUUUAUUUUACUUUGAAAAAGGAGAGAGAGACACAUCUAAAAUAAGGGGUUUGGAAUCAGGUCGGUCCGACAUAAAGGUUAAGAAUAUUACUGACCUGUCCCAGAAGACACUGAGAAUUGCUGAUCUUCAGGGUAAAACAAGCUACCAUCUGGUCUUGCGAGCCUAUACAGAUGGUGGCAUGGGCCCAGAGAAGAGCAUGUUUGUGGUGACGAAGGAAAAUUCUGUGGGAUUGAUUAUUGCCAUUCUCAUACCAGUGGCAGUGGCUGUCGUCGUGGGAGUGGUGACGAGUAUCCUUUGCUACCGGAAACGAGAAUGGAUUAAAGAAACCUUCUACCCUGAUAUUCCAAAUCCAGAAAAUUGUAAAGCUCUACAGUUUCAAAAGAGUGUCUGUGAGGGAAACAGUCCUCUCAAAACAUUGGAAAUGAAUCCUUGUACCCCAAAUAAUGUUGAGGUUCUGGAAACUCGAUCAACAGUUCCAAAAAUAGAAGACACAGAAAUAAUGUCUCCGGUAGCUGAGCGGCCAGAAGAAAGCUCUGAUGCAGAACCCGAGAACCACGUGGUUGUGUCCUACUGCCCCCCUGUCAUUGAGGAGGAAACGCCGACCCCGGGCGCCGAUGAAGCCGGAGGGACCUCUCAGGUCGUUUACAUCGAUAUCCAGUCUAUGUACCAGCCCCAAGCGAAGCCAGAGGGAGACCAAGACAACGACCCUGUCGGGGGGGCCGGCUAUAAGCCACAAAUGCACCUCCCCGCCCCUGCUGCUGUGGGAGACCUCGCGGCGGAGGACGACUUAGACACAACUGCAGGCUACAGACCCCAGGCCAAUGUAAAUACUUGGAGCUUAGUAUCUCCAGACUCUCCCAGGUCCACAGACAGCAACAGUGAAACUGUCUCUUUUGGAAGUCCCUGCUCCAUUAACUCCCGACAGUUUUUGAUUCCUCCUAAAGAUGAAGACUCUCCAAAAUCGAAUGGGGGAGGGUGGUCCUUUACAAACUUUUUUCAGAACAAACCCAACGACUAACAGAGUCACCGUGUCACUUCAGUCUGCCAUCUCAGCAAGCUCUCCGUUCUGGCGCUCCCAGGCCAGCACUGCGCAUCUUGGAGGGAUCCUGUGAAGUACUGUUAGCGAGGGGGACCUCACUGCGCGCAAGGCACACCAAGUGUUCAUGUGCACCUAGUGUAGUCUCACAGCCAAAGUAGAGUAACCCAGACAUUCAGUCCAUGCAGCUCAAGUCUUGGAGCAAUCCGUGACUGGAGCCAAAGAAUUCUCACGUGCUCUACCUUCAGGAAGCCCUUCGUGGCUAAUCCUGUCUGGUCCACACAUGCAAAACAAGUCCCCCAGCCGCGUGUUCUGUUCUGCUAGUGGUUUUCUCAUAUGGAUGCUUUAUGGAAUCGCAAGCUGAUUUACAGGCAUGGGAGAAAAAUGUCAGAGUAACAGAUGAUGGUUAUUUGCCUGAUCCUUGCUCCAUUCUAGACGAAAACCAAGCACAGAUUUCAGAACUUUCAACAUUAGUCUCCUCUAUCCACAGCACUUACAAAAAAUUAAUAUAAUUUCUAAUGUAGUGACAGCUAUUUAGUGUUUUGUUUGAUAAAGUAUGCUGAUUUCCAUGCCUACUGUAUAAUGGUUAUCAAACAGUUUUCUCAGGGGUACAAACUUUGAAAAUGAGCGUGACACUGACCAGCCCAAAUUAGAAUCAUGUUGUCUUGCUUUGGGAGGUUUUGCAGACCAUUCCCUUACUCUGUAGCUUGCAUGCGAACUUCCCUUAUUGCAGUUGGUUGCCCUAAUAUUUAAGACCGAAAUUUCAAAGACUGGAGAUCUGAGGGGGUUGUUUUGUUUUGUUUUGUUUUGUUUUUUGUGACACAGUGUCAGUUUUAUAAAUAUAGGAGCCAAUCCAAUAUUACCAAUAAACCUAGAAUUGCAGUGA